AUAACCGGUUUAAGAAAGGGACUGAAAGAGCUGGAAUACAAAGAAAUAAGUGAUAAUAUGGUGGAAAGGAAAAUAGCAUAUAAGGACAAGACAUUCAGGAUAAUAAUGGUAUAUAAUCAAGACACAAAAGGAACAUGGAAAGAGAUAGAGGAAAGAGUAGACGGGAGAGAAGAAGAAGUGAUGAUCGUCGGCGGAGACUGGAAUGCGAGAACGGGAGAAGAGGGAGGGCAGGUAAACGAGGACAUAGGGAAGGAAAGAAGCAGGCGAUCAAAAGACAAGAAAAUAAACGCGGAAGGAAGAAUACUGCUUAGGUACCUAGAAGAGAGAGGCUGGACGAUAAUAAACGGCAGGGAUGAAGAAGAAGAGGAGUGGACCUAUAUUGGGGAGAGAGGAAACUCGGUGAUAAAUUAUGUGAUCGGGAACCAGGAGGCGACAGAAGAAAUAACUAACAUGAAGGUAGGAAAAAGAACAGAGUCGGACCAUAUGCCACUGGAAGUAGAAAUAGGGGGGCCAGAACUACAAAAAACCGAAGAAAGGGAAGAAGAAGAGAAGGAGAGAAGGGAGUGGACAAGGGAAAGCAGGGAAAAAUACCUGGAGGAAUGCAAAGACUGGACCUACGAGGGGAGAACAACAGAGGAGCUGUGGACAGAAAUCAAAAACAAGGUAAACAAUGCAGUACCAAAGAGGAGAGUAAAGACAAGAAAAUGGGGAAUGGAAGAGAAAGUGUGGUAUGACAAGGAGUGGAAAGAGAGGAAAAGAGAGGUGAGAAGGAAGAUGGCAAAGUUCAGGAGAGGAAAAUGCGGCAGAGAAGAACUAAUGGAGGAGAAGAAGGCAUUCAAACUGUGGUGCAAAGAAAGAAAGGAAAGACACGAAGAAGAGGAAAUGGAGAAGAUCAGGAAGAUUAGAACAGAGCAAGAGGUAUGGAAGUACAUAAACAAGCACAGAAGAAGAAGAGAGGACAUAGAUGAGGAAAUAAGCGAAGAAGAGUGGAGGAAUCACUUUAUGGAGAUGCUAGAAGGAAAAGAGCACAAGGAGGACAAGAAAACAGGGGAGCAGGGAGAGGAGGAGGAAAUAGGAAAGGAGAGGGAAGAUAACAUAGAGAAGGAAGAGAUGAUAUACCAAAUAAGAAAACUAAAAGAGAAGAAGGCAAUGGGGAAGGAUGGGAUAGAAAAUGAGGUAUGGAAGUAUGCACCGAUGGAAGUGGGGGAGGCGUUAUGGGAGUUAGUAAGAAAAAUCUGGAAGGGAGAAGGGAUACCGGAAGAUUGGAAAAAAGGGAUAAUAUGUCCGAUAUACAAGAAGGGCGACAAGAGAGUAGCGAAGAGCUACAGAGGAAUAACGCUAAUGGACACAGCGUAUAAGAUCUAUGCAGGGAUACUGGACAAACGGCUAAAGGCAGAGAUUGAAACCAAACUGGAAGAGAGCCAAUUUGGAUUCAGAAAAGGAAGUGGAGUAACCGACGCAGUGUUCGUGAUAAGUCACAUCAUUGACAAGCAGCUGAGCAGAGAAAGAGGGAAGCUGUUUGCCUGUUUUGCGGACUUAAGGGCGGCGUUUGACAGACUAAACAGAGAGAAACUGGAGGAGAAAAUGAAAAAGAUGGGGGUUAGAGAAAACCUAACAAGAAGGAUUAAAGAACUGUACAUAGAAACGAAGAACGUGGUGAGAGUUAAGAACCGCAACACAGAAGCCUUCUGGACAGUGAGGGGAGUCAGACAAGGGUGCCCGCUGAGCCCGACAUUAUUUAACAUCUACGUGGCAGAGCUGGAAGACGAGCUAAGGAAAGGGCAAGCCGGGGGCAUAGCGAUAGGAGGAAGAAAGGUAUGGUCACUGACGUACGCAGAUGAUAUUGUAUUGAUGACGGAUAGGGAAGAGGAGCUAAAGGAGAUGCUAAGGAAAUUCAAAAAAUUUCUAAAAGAAGCUGAAUUGGAGCUAGGCACAGAAAAGACGAAAAUAGUAGUAUUCGAAAAAAGAAGAAACAAAAGGAAACAAAGAAAAUGGAAUUGGGGAGAGCAAGAACUAGAAAAAGUGGAGGAGAUAAGAUACCUAGGGUACAUACUACAGAAAAACGGCAGCGAUGAGAGGCACAUACAGGACAGGAAAAGGAGAGCGAUGAUAGUAAUGAAAAAAACAUGGAGCAUGGGAGAAAGAAUAUUCAAACAGGACUACGAGAGGAGAAUGAAAAUGUUUGAAGUACUAGUAGAGAGCGCUGUUUGGAGCAGAGGUAUGGGGUUGGAACAUGGAAGAAUCGCUGGAUAGGGUAAAAAGAGUGUACGUAAAAUGGAUCUUAGGUUUAGACAGGACAACACCAAACUACAUACUGACAGAAGAAUGCAAGAUAGAGGAAAUCAAGGUAAAAGCGUUAAAAAGAGCAGUAAGGUACGAGGAAAGAACUCUAGAAUCGGAAA